UUAAUGCGCGCGCAGAGAGGAGAGCCGCGAAGAACUAGGAGGCAGUAACCCGACGUUAAGCCGCUUGAAGCUUCGCCUUUUGAAAUCAUCUCCAAUAUAUCCUCCCUACCAGCAGAUGUCACUCCCCCUGAGUAAAAAAAUGACAGAAACGGCAAGAAGGCUCCCCCUCCUGUACGUAUCCUGCCUCGAAGGGUGUGUUUGAAGGUUGCGUUUAAUAAUGCAGAGACUGAUUUUCCGGUGAGACAGCGAGUGAGAGGCUACCUAGAAAGGUGGCAGAGAAAGGGAAGAGGAGCUGCCCACUUCUCCGUCCUGCCCAAGAAAAAGGAGGGGGGAUAGUUCGCUGUGAGCCGAAGCAAUGGAAUAAAAGCCAAUUUUAAUCAUUUGCACUGUGUAAGGUCAGAGCGCGGGUUUAGCAUAGGCUUUUUUGGGUAUAGUCUGCAGCUGCACAGUGUUCGCAGAGUCCACAAACUUUUUAUCAGUCGCUUUUAAUUUUUUUCCAGUUCGUUUCACUGCUGCUUUAACUCCUCCCGAUAGCUCAGUUUAAGCUCACCCCCUGUCGCUGAUGUUUUAGACCCUUUUGCGGUUGACGAUGAGGAAGCCGAAGGGCGUCUUCUGCUUCGUACUGCAGGUCGCCUUCGUUUUUUCGCUUUACCGGUAGAGACGGGCUGCCGCAAUCGUACAUCUUCAGACCACGGUUCAUUUUUCUUGUUUUUUGUUUUUUUAUUUUUUCCGAUUACACACACACGAGUGAGACAUUUCAUCCUGACAUUUUCUGUCUGUCAUUCACUUCAUCUUUUAAAAACAUGUGGCUUGGUAAUCUCCCCCGUCCCUCCUCACGAAGGGGCACCUACCUUUUCCUGCUGGUAUUCCUGUUGGGUACGGUUUUACCCCUUGGCGUUGCCAGCUCCCCAGACAGUCAUGGAACGGAUGCGCCUCACGAUACAAAGCACGAAGCUUCCAACGGACACGGGCAUCACGGCAAUGAGUCUCACACAAAAGUCAAGAAAGCCUUCCCUGUGCUCAACUUUGAAUAUGAAAGUGUCAGGCUGCCCUUCGAGAUCGCUCUAUGGAUCCUGCUGGCAUCACUCAUGAAGCUAGGUUUUCAUUUGAUUCCACGCCUGUCCAGCUUUGUGCCUGAAAGCUGUCUGUUGAUUGUGGUUGGUUUGCUAGUGGGUGGCUUGAUCAAACUUGUAGGAGAGACAUCACCCGUUCUGCAUUCCCAGAUUUUCUUUCUUUAUCUUCUGCCACCAAUCAUCCUGGAUGCUGGUUAUUUCUUACCCAUCCGUCCCUUUUCAGAAAACAUUGGUACCAUUUUGGUUUUUGCUGUCAUUGGAACACUAUGGAAUUCUUUCUUUAUUGGUGGAUUGCUGUAUGGUGUUUGUCAAAUUGGUGGAAAGGACUUGGAGAAAAUUGGUCUGUUGCCAAACUUGCUGUUUGGGGCAAUUAUCUCUGCUGUUGACCCAGUUGCUGUUCUGGCAGUGUUUGAAGAGAUCCACAUCAAUGAGUUACUUCACAUUCUAGUGUUUGGGGAAUCCCUUCUCAAUGAUGCCGUCACUGUGGUGCUAUACCACUUAUUUGAAGAAUAUGCUGGCAUCGGCUCAGUAACGUUUUUGGAUGUUCUACUAGGAUUUAUCUGCUUCUUUGUUGUGGCCCUGGGAGGAAUUUUCGUUGGCCUGGCAUAUGGACUUCUAGCAGCAUUUACUUCCCGUUUCACCUCUCAUACACGUGUUAUUGAACCUCUGUUUGCCUUUCUGUACAGCUACAUGGCUUACUUAUCUGCUGAGGUUUUCCACCUUUCUGGCAUCAUGGCGUUAAUCGCUUGUGGUGUGGUGAUGCGCCCCUAUAUAGAAGCCAAUAUUUCACAUAAAUCCCAUACCACCAUCAAAUAUUUCCUAAAGAUGUGGAGUAGUGUCAGUGAAACUCUCAUUUUUAUCUUCCUGGGUGUGUCAACGGUAGCUGGACCUCAUUCAUGGAACUGGACGUUUGUAAUCUGCACACUAGUCUUUUGUCUUGUCGCACGAGUUCUUGGUGUUGUUGGAUUGACAUAUAUCAUCAACAAGUUCCGUAUUGUGAAACUUACCACAAAGGACCAAUUUAUUAUUGCUUAUGGUGGCCUGAGAGGGGCAAUUGCUUUCUCCCUGGGCUACUUGCUCCCUCCUGACCAUUUUCCAAGAGAUAUGUUUCUGACUGCUAUUAUCACAGUUAUAUUCUUUACUGUGUUUGUGCAGGGUAUGACAAUUCAGCCUUUGGUGGACCUUCUGGCUGUGAAGAAAAAGCAGGAGACCAAGCGUUCCAUCAAUGAAGAAAUACAUUCACAGUUUCUGGAUCACCUCUUGACUGGAAUAGAAGACGUCUGUGGACAUUAUGGACAUCAUCAUUGGAAAGACAAACUCAAUCGCUUCAACAAGAAAUAUAUCAAGAAGUGUUUGAUUGCUGGAGACAGAUCCAAAGAGCCACAGCUGAUAGCUUUCUAUCACAAGAUGGAAAUGAAACAAGCUAUUGAGUUGGUAGAAACAGGGGGAAUUGCCAAGAUUCCAUCAGCAGUCUCCACUGUUUCAAUGCAAAAUAUCCAGCCCAAGCAGAAAGUGGCUGAACGGGCUCUCCCACAGCUUUCAAAGGGGAAGGAAGAAGAAAUACGAAAGAUUCUUCGCACAAAUCUUCAAAAAACCAGACAGAGGAGUCAUUCAUUACAUUUUAUGGAGGAAUGUGAUGACUUAAAAGCUACGUGCACCUCUCUGGUGUUCAUCGUCGUUCAGGGGUUAACUUAA